AUGAAACAGGGACGGAAAACGGUGGGAGCGGAACCUGCUCGGAUACCGGUGACCUUCGAGGAGGUGGCUGUGUAUUUCACCCAGGGGCAGGGGGCUCUGCUGGACCCCGCUCAGAGAGCCCUCUACAGGGACGUCAUGCAGGAGAACUACGAGACGGUGACCUCGCUGGCAGGAUUCCCCCUUCCCAAACCUGAGCUGAUCGCCCGGCUGGAGCGAGGGGAAGAGCCGUGGGUCCCGGAUCUCCAGGCCUGCGAGGAAAGGGAGAGCCCGAGAGGCGCCCGCACAGGUGAUGGGAUGGUGAGUGAAAACACGGAGGAGAAGCCGCAGCAGGAAGGUCCUGAGCAAGUGGAACCACAUGGGAUGUUAUUGGAAAGAUCUGAAGAGGAUUUUACCCAUGAGCGGCGAAAAGCCUGGGGAAAUGGGCACAAGCCAGAGAGGCAGCUGGGAACCCAUCCAGGGCAGAAAGUGGGUAAAUCCACUGAUCAUGGGGGAGUUUGCAAAGACCCCAAGGAAACCACAGCCCAGCAGAGAAUCCCAUCAGGAGUGAGAGACAACACAUGCUCCGAGUGCGGGAAAAGCUUCAACCGGAGCUCAAACCUUAUUUCACAUCAGAGACUCCACACUGGAGACAGGCCUUUUACAUGCCUUGAGUGUGGGAGACGUUUUAAUCAGCGAGAGCACCUCGUUAGGCAUCAGAGACUCCACACUGGAGAAAAGCCCUAUAAAUGCCUGGAGUGCGGGAAAAGCUUCAUUCAGAGCUCACAUCUGAUUAGACACCAAAGAGUCCACACGGGCGAGAGACCUUAUAUGUGCCCGGAGUGUGGGAAAAUCUUCAUUCAGAGCUCCCAGCUUAUUACACACCAAAGAGUCCACACGGGCGAGCGACCCUACAAGUGCCCGGAAUGUGGGAAAAUGUUCGGUGACGGCUCAGUUCUUAUUAAUCAUCGGAGAAUCCACACGGGAGAUAAACCCCAUAAAUGCCUCGACUGUGGGAAAAGCUUCAAUCGGAGCUCAACCCUGGUUAGACAUCAGAGAACCCACACAGGAGAGAAACCCUUUAUAUGCCUGGAGUGCGGGAAAAAGUUUAGUGAAAGUUCAGCUCUUAUUGUGCAUCAGAGACUCCACACUGGGGAUAAACCCUUUAAAUGCUCUGACUGUGGGAAAAGUUUCAUUCUGAACUCAAACCUUAUCAUGCAUCAGAUUAGCCACACAGGAGAGAGACCCUACAAAUGCCUGGUCUGUGGGAAAAGCUUCAGUCACAGCUCAGAUCUUAUUAGACAUCACAGAACCCACACUGGAGAGAGACCGUAUAAAUGUCUGGACUGUGGGAAAAGCUUCAGUCAGAACUCAAAUCUUAUUAUACAUCAAAGACUGCACAAAGGAAAAAAACCUUGA